AAACCAUCGAUACCAUCUAGGUUCGAUAUAAUAUAUUCUUACAUAAUUGUCUAAUUGAGUCGAAGAUAAAAUGGUCACAAGACGGGGACGAAGCGGUUUGUUUGUAGCCGCUGUUGCAGUUUCUCUAGCGCUCACGUCCAUCUCGUCUCACAACGCAGGUAUUCUCCAAGUAGAGGCCGACGCUAUCAAAGCAAAUCUUGUGGGGCCUGGGUCCUUGCGUGGAGGACAACAGCAAAAUGUCGUUGUAACUGGUGUCACUUCCAGAAAAUUGGAAGAUGGGCAACAGCAGGAACAAGAAGAUGAUGUCGAUGAAAACCAGGAACAGCAAGAACAGCAGGCAGAAGAAGAAAACGUGGAAGAACAACAGGAGGAAGAAGUUCAAGAGGAGGAAAAUGAAGAAGGACCAGAGGAAGAAGAAAAUGACAUGAACUACGAUUAUCAAAACKACGAUGGUCAAUAUGGAACAUCGGAAAUGGUGGACAAAGUCAAAGAUACUGCGCAGGGUCUAAUGGACCGUUUUGACGAAGACGUCGUGAACAUGUGGAGUACGAGUCCAUCCGAAUGGGACGAUGAGUUCUGGAAGGUUUUUGGAAUUAUUGCGGGGGUCGUAACCKUCGUUUUGUCCUUCAUCGUUUAUAUUUUCUGUUGCUGCUGCUGUGGUGGAAGCGACAGCGACGAUAGAGACUUUCUUGUGGCCACUAAAUCCGAGGCGGACCGUAGAAGAAGCCACCGUGGUMGAUUCAUAGGUCGAACCAACACUGGAAACACCGGAGAGACCGAUACAGUGGGUGUUGGCUCCUACUCGGAACGUUCGAACGACUGGGAAAGUCCUUUUGUUUUGAUCGAGGACGUUGAGAAGGACGACAACUUCGGACAAGACACCGUAGCACAAGAUACCAUAGCACAAGAUACCCUAGCGACUUGUCCCGGUGAUACCACCAGUCCCGUAUACGGAAGAGGGGGAAUCAGUGCAAUGAGUGGAGAAUUCCCUUUCAGUGCCAACAGCACAUUGGGUCCCGGUUUUUCUACUCGUGSCGUUGCACACACACAAAGCAAGGAGAUCGGAUAUGGUGCGAGCAUGGACGAUAACGAGACCCAGAUCUCAAAUGGAAAGGAAAUCAAAGAAAAUCCCAGUGGUGGGAUCAUCAACGAGACCCUAGAGGUAUGGAGCGAAUUUUUGGGGUUCAAAAAGUCCAAGUACAACAUGCCACCACCAAGACCACGUCCCCAAGAAGACGAGGACAUUAAUCUGACAGACGACGAGAGAACAAGAAGGUCCAACCGAAGCCGCGGGUCAAAAUCCUCYAAAAAGAAGUCUUCUAGAAAGAAUGGUAUUCCGCGACCCACCAAUGGAGCGAGAUCUUCGAAUACUCAACUGCAUGGCGCCGGAUACAMCCCGAGCCCCGCAAACGCCAGCCCUGCAGCGUUCGUUGAUGAAAGCGUUGCCGAGACACCCAUAUCGAGCAAUGCUAGUGCAUCUGCGAGGAUGACUAAGGUGAAUUCUCCACGUAGAACAGCAUUGCUUAAAACCAAGAACUUGUUGAAGAGUUUCGGCAACAACAAACAAAAGCCCCCUACAGGCAACAAGAGGCCCGACCCUAAGGAAGAAACCCUUUUGGAARACAGCGAGAUCAACGACGAAGAUCGUAUCGCAUGAACUGCCAAUCGAUAAGAUGACUAACCAAUAAUUGUCCGCGACACACCCACACAAUAUAAUUUUACAACACAC